UGUACUUUUUUAAAAUGAGUAUUCUGUGUUUGCUUUUGGUAUUUUGGCUCUACGUGUUUUGGUCACACAGUAGUGCCCAUCCUUUGGAUACUAUAAUAUUUAAGGAAAACGUAACAACAAAUUUUUUGGAGGUUUAUAUACCAACUGUUAAUUCAAAUAAUGAGAUUUGCAAGCGACAUAGCGUGUUUGUUGUCGAAGAAGUGAAGAAGUAUACUCUGUGGGCUACAGAAAUGUUAGAUUCAACCACAAAGUUCCCCAGUGGCUUUCUUGAUGGUACAAAUUACGAUUUCGGAAACUUCGACGAAUGUAUCAAUGUAAAGGUUCUGUAUGAGGAGGAACCGUUUUACGGAAAAUAUUGUUUGGUGAAAUUUACUUUAAAGCCACCUUUUACAGUGAAUUUAGCAUCUGAAAAUGAUACAUAUAUUCGCCAUUCUAACUUAACGAUGUGGAGUAAAAUGGAUGAUUAUCUGAAAGAUCCGUCGAAGAAUCCUCGUAACGUGAUUCCUUUCGCCUUUUGCAUUCCGUCCAGCUGCACCAACUUAGACUUGCAGAAAAGUCUGAUGGAAGUUGCCGGCAAUUUUAAUGAACAAGUUCCAUUUCUAGUAGAUGUGGAGGUUGAUAAACUUACUUGCCAAGUUCAAACUUAUAAUUCGAAACUGGAUUCUGGAGACGUUUUGUUUAUAUUAGUUAUUGCAGUGGUAAUUUGCAGUGCUGGUAUUGGUUCUUUAUACUACUAUUUAGUGAAUAGAAGUAAUGGUAGAAAAAUUAUUUGUACAGGUACACUACACAAUGUCUUGUUAUGUUUUGCUAUUCAAAGUAACACAAAGAAACUGACAUCAGCUAAUAAUAAUGUUGAUGGUUUGAACUGCACAGCUGGAAUGAAAGUGUUUUCCAUGAUUUUAAUUAUUUUCAUCCACAGAAGUAUGUUCGAUUUUGGUGCUGAUAUUUGUAAUCCAGAUUAUGUAGAACAGAUGUACUCCAAUUUUUGGAUGACGUUUGUUCUAAACGGACCAAUAUUGGUGGACACGUUUUUUACUAUAUCUGGAUUCUUAGCUGCAUAUUUUGCUCUACUCUCUUACCAGAAGUUAAAUGACAAUUCUAUUAUCAUUAAAUUGUACAUACAUCGAUACAUAAGAAUGGUGUCUAUCUACACAGUCAUAUUAGCAUUUUACUGUACUUUAUUUGUCAAAACCGGAAAUGGUCCCUUAUGGAGAGAACGUGUCGAAGUAGAAAGAGAAAGAUGCAGAAAAAGCUGGUGGCUCAAUUUGUUCUUUAUUAACAAUUACUUCAACACAGAGAAUUAUUGUAUGUUCCAAUCUUGGUACAUGGCAUGCGAUAUGAACUCCUUUAUAUUGGUCCCAAUCUUAACUUUUAUUCUAUUUAAAAAACCGGCAACAGGCAUCCUCUGCAUUGUUGCCGUAAUUGUAGCAUCGAUGGUAGUUACUUUUGUUACGAUUUAUACAAACGAUGAAAUGCCAAUUUUAUUAAUAUAUAUGAGAAUGCUACUACAUCCAUCAGAAAACAGUACAUUUUUAAGAGUUUACAUCCCUGGACAUAUAAGAGCAAGCUCAUAUUUCGUUGGAGUCCUAGCUGGGUACAUUAAGUAUCUAAUGGGUAUCCAAACCUUUGAAAUACAAUCAUGUCAGGUAAAAUUAGGUUGGAUAAUGUGUGUGUUACUACUGUUUAUUUCGUCGCAUUUUGCAUUUAUUUUUUACGUUCAGACAGUUCCUACUUGGAUUUCCGCUCUAUACGGUGCAUUAUAUCAUGUGGGUUGGAGUAUGGGUAUAGCAUGGAUUAUAAUUGCUGUUUCGUCUGGAUAUGGAGGUUGGGCUGUUCCAAUUCUUUCUUGGUCUCCGCUGGUUAUUUUAAGCAGACUUACUUACAGUAUUUACUUAAGUCAUGGUGCAAUUCAAAUGUAUUCAGCUGGUAUACGAAGAAAACCUGUAUACGCUAGUACCUUCAACUCGGUGUACGCGGCUGUAGCUGAUGUAUCUUUAGGUUACACGCUGGCUUUUGUUCUUACAAUAUUAUUUGAAGCUCCGAUUAUUGGCCUGGAAAAAAUUUUGUGGAACGCUACAUCAUCAAAAACUGCAAAGAAAGAAGACCAGAAGGCAGACCAUAAUUAAUGUUUCAAAAUACAAUUAUUGUAAUAAUUUAUUUUAAAAUGUAUUGGUGGUGUUUCAAUGUAAGGAAAAUUGGUUUUAAAUAAAGAAUAAAAAAUCCAUAAAGAAA